GCUGUGAUGCUGUGGGACAGUCUAGUAGCAGCUUUCAGUGAGCACUGCAGGGCAUAAGCAUGGGGCACUUUCCCACGCAAUUCCACGGAGUUAUCUGUCUGCUAGCACUAGCAGCAAGUGUGCACGGGAUGUGGAUAUUUCCGGAUGCGUUGCAUCUGGAUGCGAGCGAUGUGUUAAACAAGAAUUGUGGAGAAUCACCGUACACAGACUGGGAGAAACCAGAAGAUGCAAGGGAAUUCGAAAAUCCCUGGUUAGCAGUGUUUCGACACCCAGAAGAUCAAUUGCCAUUCUGUCAUGGAACGCUGAUUACCGAACAGCAUGUGCUCACGACAGCCAUCUGUACAGAAUCAUUCACUAUCAACGACACUAUCGUUGUGCUUGGCGAGUACGAUCAAUCAGUAAACCCUGACUGUAAUUCUGCAGGGAAUUGCGCAUCAACUAUUGAGAGGGUAGUAAAAGGUGUCAUCAAACAUCCAAAAUUUGUUAACGAUUCAUACCAGUAUGAUAUUGCUAUAGUGUUGCUUCAGCGACCGGUGAUCUAUAGAAAGAAUAUCAAACCUAUAUGCUUACCGUUGAUUCCGAUCGUGGCAUCGAGUGUCCAUCUGCCGAAAGUAUACAACGCCAUGUGGACUGAAUCCAGCAGUCGACCGAAGCAAAUCAUGAUGAAAUACAUCUCUCUUGAUCAGUGCCUGCUCAAUCCGGAGGGUGUUCAUUUGAAUUCUAGCGAUGUAUUGAAUAAGAAUUGUGGAGAAUCACCGUACACAGAGUGGGUGGAAUUAACUGAUGUGAAGAUAAAUGAGCAUCCCUGGCUAGCGGUGUUUCGACACCCAGAAGAACAAUUACCAUUCUGCCAUGGAACGCUCAUUACCGAUCGGCAUAUACUUACGACGGCCUCUUGCACGGAGGGAAUAACGCUCAAUGAGACAAUUGUUGUACUUGGUGAAUAUGAUCAAUCAACAAAUCCUGAUUGUGAUUCUAAAGGGAACUGCACAUCAAUUGUUCAGCGGUUGGUAAAACGUGUUACGACACAUGCACAAUUCAACGAUGAAACACACGAGCAUGAUAUUGCUAUAGUUUUGCUCCAGCAGCCAGUGAUCUACAGUAACAAUAUCAAACCAAUAUGCUUACCAUUGAUUCCCAUGAGUGAGACACGGAUCCACAAUGUUCUCUGGACUGAGGAUAGCAGUCGACCGAAGCAAAUUUUGAUGGACUUUAUCCCCACGUCUCACGAGUGUAGCAUGCCGCCGAAUAACUUCAUGAUGAACGAACAAUUCAUGUGCGCGAAAAUCCAGAACCCUGGAAAGGAUCGUAUCGUCGAAGGGGGUUUCGGAUCACCACUGCUUGUGCAGGAUCAUGGCCGGUACUUCCAGUUAGGAAUAUUGCUUUUCGGACUGUCCGAUGACGAUUAUGAAACGCCCCAUGUGUAUUUGAACGUCACUUCCCACACUGCUUGGAUCGACCAAGCUGUUCUUCCGGACAUCAUGCCUCAAUAA